ACUUCAAACUAUUCUACAAGGCUACAGUAACCAAAACAGCAUGGUACUGGUACAAAAACAGGCACACAGACCAAUGGAACAGAAUAGAAAACUCAGAAAUAAAACUCUACAUCUACAACCAUCUGAUCUUUGACAAACCUGACAGAAAUAAGCAGUGGGGAAAGGAUUCCCUAUUUAAUAAAUGGUGCUGGGAGAACUGGGUAGACAUAUGCAGAAAUUGAAACUGGACCCUUCCUUACACCUUGUAUAAAAAUUAACUCAAGAUGGAUUUAAGACUCAAAUGUAAGACCCAAACUAUAAAAACCCUAGAAGGAAAUCUAGGCAAUACCAUUCAGGACAUAGGCAUGGGCAAAGAUUUUAUGAUGAAAUUGCCAAAAGCAAUUGCAGCAAAAGGAAAAAUUGACAAAUGGGAUCUAAUCAAACUAAAGCGCUUCUGCACAGCAAAAGAAACUAUCAUCAGAGCAAACAGACAAUCUACAGAAUGGGAGGAAAAUUUUGCAAUCUAUCAGUCUGACGAAAGUCUAAUAUCCAGAAUCUACAAGGAACUUAAGCAAAUUUACAAGAAAAAAAAACACAUUAAAAAGUAGGCAAAGGGCAUGAACAGACAAUUCUCAAAAGAAGACAUACAUGCAGCCAACAAACAUGAAAAAAACUCAACAUCACUGAUCAUCAGAGAAAUGCAAAUCAAAACCACAAUGAGAUACCAUUUCAUGCUAGUCAGAAUGGCGAUUAUUAAAAAGUCAACAAACAACAGACACUGGCAAGGUUGCAGAGAAAUGGGAACACUUUUUACACUGUUGGUUGGAAUGUAAAUUAGUUCAACCAUUGUGGAAGACAGUAUGGCAAUUCCUCAAAGAUUUAGAAUGGGAAAUACCAUUUGACCCAGCAAUCCCAUUACUGGGUAUAUACCCAAAGGAAUAUAAAUCAUUCUAUUAUAAAGAUACAUGCAUGUGUAUGUUCAUUGCAGCACUAUUCACAAUAGCAAAGACAUGGAAUCAACCCAAAUGCCCAUCAACGAUAGAUUUGAUAAAGAAAAUGUGGUAUAUGUACACCAUGAAAUACUAUGCAGUCAUAAAAAGGAAUGAGAUCAUGUCAUAUGCAGGGAUGUGGAUGAAGCUGGAAGCCAUUAUCCUCAGCAAACUAACGCAGGAACAAAAACCAAACACCGCAUGUUCUCACUUAUAAGUGGGAGCCAAACAAUGAGAACACAGGGACAUGGAAAGGGGAAAAACACACACUGGGGCCUGCUGGGGGAGGAGAGGGGGGAGAGCAUCAGGAAAAAUAGCUAACGCAUGCUGGGCUUAAUACCUAGAUGAUGGAUGGAUAGGUGCAGCAAACCAUCAUGGCACACGUUUACUUAUGUAACAAACAUGCACAUCCUGCACAUGUACCCCAGAACCUAAAAUAAAAGAAAAAGAAAAAAAAGGGAAGCAGAGCAUAAAAGUUUGGAAAAUUUGCAGCCUGACCAUGUGAAAGAAAAGAAAAACCCAUUUUCUGGGGGAGGAAUUAAAGCAAGCCUGCUGCAAAAAUUUGCAUAAGAGGAGCCGAAUGUUAAUCAUCAAGAAAAUAGAGAAUAUGUCUCCAAAGCAUUUAGAGAUACUUAUGGCAGCCCCUCCCAUCACAGGUCUGGAGGCCUAGAAGGGAAAAAUGGUUUUGUCGGCCAUGCCCAGGGCCCCACUGCUCUGUGCAACCUCAGGACGCAGCACCCUGCGUCCCAGCCACUCCAGCCCCAGCUAUGGCUAAAAUGGGCCAAGAUACAUCUAAGGCUGCUGCUCCAGAGAGUGCAAGCCAGAAGCCACCAACGUUUCCAUGUGGUGUUAAACCUGCAGGUGCAUAGAGGGCAAGAGUUGAGGCUUGGGAGCCUCCACCUAGAUAUCAGGGGAUGUACAGAAACACUUGGAUGUCCAGGCAGAAGUCUGCUGCAGGGGCAGAGCCCUCAUGCAGAACCUCUACUAGAGCAGUGUGGAGGUGAAAUGUGGGGUUGGAGCCCCCACACAGAGUUCCCACUGCGGCACUGCCUAAUGGAGCUGUGAGAAGAAAGUCACCAACCUCCAGACCCCAGAAUGGUAGAUCCACUGACAGCUUCCACUGUGCACCUGAAAAUACUGCAGGCACUCAACACCAGCCUGUGAAAGCAGCCGUGGGGGCUGUACCCUGCAGAAUCACGGAGGCAGAACUGCCCAAGGCCUUGGGAGUCCACCCCUUGCAUCAGCAUGCCCUGGGUGUGGGACAUGGAGUCAAAAGAGAUUAUUUUGGAGCUUUAAGAUUUAAUGACUGCCCUGCUAGAUUUCAGACUUGCAUGGGGCCUUAGCCCCUUUGUUUGGCCAAUUUCUCCCUUUUGGAACAGGAGUAUUUACCCAAUGCCUGUACCCCCAUUGUAUCUUGUAAGUAAUUAAUUGCUUUUUAUUUUACAGGCUCAUAGGUGGAAGGAACUUGCCUUGUCUCAGAUGAGACUUUGGACUUGGACUUCUGUGUUAAGACUUUGGGGGACUGUUGGGAAGGCAUGAUUGUGUUUUGAAGUGUGAGGAGGACGUGGGAUUUGGGGGGGCCCAGGGCAGAAUGAUAUGGGUUUGUCACAGGAUCCUUGGGGUGUCACUUCACCAGCUGGAAACCUCUGUGGCCAGUCGUGCCUUUUCUUGAGUUUUGCUCAGGCCCACUGGGCUCAUUCUGCCCACUUGGCCUGGCAGACUGUGCUUGGCUCAUCCUACCAGCUUGGAUCCCAGGCCUGCCAAGGGUGAGCCAGGCAAAGAGCGGUGAGGGGUGCAUGAGUGAGCAAGCACAGGGUCUGGCUACUACGCAAGCCAGGCACACCAGCUGUGGGUGGGAAUAGGAGUUUUAAUUUUUCUCUUUUUCCUGUAAUACUUCUUUUCUAUCACUCUGGCCAACUGCCUCCCACUGGGAAAUACCUCUUUUGUCCUUGUUGGGUGUAGAGGCCACUCUAAGGCCUAACUGGACACCAUGCUGCCACUGUUUAUCCUGCUUGCCCUCCCAAUCACCCUGAUCCAGUGUGGGUGGUAACAGAAUGCUAUAGUAAAUAUUGCAAAAAUUACAGCAUCAGGGAACCAUCUUCAUGGUUGCUGGGUUUGUCAUCAACAUCCCCAGGACAGAGAGUUCCAUCUUCUGGCCUAUCUGGAAAAUCUCACAGCCAUCUCCCCAGACUUCCUAACCAACCAUAGUGAUCCCAAAGUACCCAGACCCCUACUUGUUAGGUGGAACUCUCCUCCACUUAAUGGAUUUCACCUGAACCUCCAUCUCCCUACCCCUGUACCGCACUCCCCACCACUGUCACUUGGACCCAGAAAGCUGGCUAUCUAUAUCUCCGGUGUGCUAACGAUUCUCUUUUGCACUCACUGUUGUGUUGUUAACGACACAAAAGCAGAAGCUUCCCUGCAAUGUUCUGACACAACUUGUUGCCAGAUUCUCAAGGCUGCAGUGAAGUAAAUCGGAUCCCACUUGUGAGUGAGGAAAUUAUAUAUGGUGCCUUCUCCCAGGUCAGAGCAUAUAGGGGAAAAAACAACUGUCUAAUCUGGGAAGGUGGGAGUACCACCCUGUCCUGGAAAACAAAGGUUGUUCAACCACCCCCAUUGGAGCAGGGAAGGAAUAUCUCUAUAGACCCAACUUGGCAGCAAAGGCUACACAUCACGCCCCAUAGGGCCUCUAUUUGUGUCCCAACUGGGUUCAUUUUUGUUUGUGGCCACAAGUGGGAAGAAUCCCACCCCGUAACCACUCCCAGCACCCAGCUCUCAGCUCCCCAGGGAGCCCACCUGUUCUUUUAGAAGUAGCUUUCCCUUACAUAUCAAAAUCUUGGAACAGGAGUGAAUGUAUGUUGACCACCCUUGCCCCUCCAGGGGCCACGUCUAUAACCCCAUAAGACCUAAGAACAUCAGAAGAUAAUGAGCAAUAGGAUUAAUUCUGGGAGGAGUCAGGGUAGUAAUAGGACAAUCUUAGCCCCCUGAUGUGACUUUGCCUACCACGAGUCAACCCUGAAGAAUCCGACUCAAACCCUAGAAUCAUUAGCCACCAGCACAGGUCAGGCCUUAAAAGGGAAUACAAGAAUCCCUAGACCGUAUGGCAAAUAUAAUCCUUGAUAACAGACUAGUGUUGGAUUAUUUAACGAGCUGAACAAGGUGGAGUCUGUACGGUUAUUAACAAAACCUGCUGCACCUCUAUUAACAACUCUGGACAUAAUAAUGUUAACAUUCAAAAGAUUUAUGAGCAAGCUCCCUGGUUACAUAGACAUAACCAGAGCACAGACCCAGCUAAUCUGGUCAAGUGUCAGAAAUGCCCUCCCAAGUCUCACCUGGUUUUUACCCCACCUGGGACCUUUGGUAGGUAUAUCAUUACUACUAAUUUGUGGCCCUUGCUUGUUUAACCACUUAGUAAAGUUUGUGUCUUCCAGAUUGCAACACUUCUACAUCAAGAAAAUGUGGCAAUAAGGCUGCCAAACCCUCCUGUCUUCUGAACCGAAUCCUUGUAGAUUCUGGAUAUCGCACCUUCAUAGGAAUAUUCUGAGAAUAUUUUCUCCUGUGAGCUUCCAGGAGCCGUCGUAGCAGCCGAUUAGGACUGGCUGCUGGUGUGGUGAUGACCUAGAGGGCUUCUCCCAGUUUAAGCAAUCAACAAAACCACCGCUCCAGCCCUGAUGUGUAUGUAGCAUUUGCGGGUUUCCCCCGUGACUUCCGCAGGACUGCCAAGUUCAAGCCGCCGGGGCCAGGGCACUGCUAGCAGCUGGGCUGAGCCCUGUUCUCCCGGCGUUCCCACCGCCCAGUGGCAAUAGCUGUGAACGGCGGCAGGAGCAUGGCAGUGGAACAAUAAGGAAAAGAUCUUUUAAAAAAAGAUAUAAUACAGAAGCCAGGCAAGGCGGCCCCGACCUGUAACCCCAGCACUCUGGGAGGCAGAGGCGGGCGGGCGGAUCGCUUGAGCCCAGGAGUUUGAGACCAGCCUGGCCAACAUAGGAAGGCCUCGUCAAAAAGACAAAAGGGUAAAACGAAUUUAAUAAAAUGAAGUUUAACUUUUACCCAUGUUUGUACCUAAUGACAAGCUUUUAAAACUGAAAAGUUCACUACUGGCUCCUGCCCGGCGGCUCCAGCCCGACUGGGGGCCGGGGCCUCCCUGCACUGCGGGGUCACGGGUGCCCCUGGAUAGCUCCCGAGCGCCCUCCGACCCGCAUGCUCAGCGCAGCCCCGUCGGCGGCGCGCCACGGGCAGAGCGGGCUCAGCGGGGGACGGAAGCUCAGCGCUGCGACCGGGAUCCCGCAGGCUCGCUCCGCAGGGCCGCGCCUCCUCUCCGUGCAGGUGCUGGGCCCGCGGGGGCGGGGCGUCCACACGGUCCGCGCCGAGACCCAAGCGGGGAAAAAGCGAAGAGCGGACGGCGGGGCAAGCGCCACAGGGAGCCUCCGCCCCACCGCGCGACCAGCAAGUCUGCGGCGCUUGACACCUGCACUGCGAAUGCCAGACCGUAGCCCGGGCUCCCAAGACGCGAAUACGCGCGCCUGCUCGUGACGUCAUCUUUUGCGGUCUUCCCGAGAGCCGGCAGCGGGCGCCGCCAUGAUGUUUUACGGAAACCGAUAGUCCUUGCUCAGCGGCACCCCGUCCUUCCGGCUCUCGGCUUUGCCACAAAGCUUCCCGGAGACGCGGCCGUCACCCAGAAGCGCUCUCUGGGGAAGCCCCGCUCGUGGGACCGCGCCGCCUGCGCCGCCUCUGCGGCCCGCAGCCCGACGGGCGCCGCCAUGUUGGGGUCCUAGCCAGGGACGCGUAGGUGUCUUCAUAAGAUGCCGGGGCAGCGGCGCGCGCUUUCCCCCAAGAUGGCGUCCAUGCGGGAGAGCGACACGGGCCUGUGGCUGCACAACAAGCUGGGGGCCACGGACGAGCUGUGGGCGCCGCCCAGCAUCGCGUCCCUGCUCACGGCCGCGGUCAUCGACAACAUCCGUCUCUGCUUCCAUGGCCUCUCGUCGGCAGUGAAGCUCAAGUUGCUACUCGGGACGCUGCACCUCCCGCGCCGCACGGUGGACGAGAUGAAGGGCGCCCUGAUGGAGAUCAUCCAGCUCGCCAGCCUCGACUCGGACCCCUGGGUGCUCAUGGUCGCCGACAUCUUGAAGUCCUUUCCGGACACAGGCUCGCUUAACCUGGAGCUGGAGGAGCAGAAUCCCAACGUUCAGGAUAUUUUGGGAGAACUUAGAGAAAAGGUGGGUGAGUGUGAAGCGUCUGCCAUGCUGCCACUGGAGUGCCAGUACUUGAACAAAAACGCCCUGACGACCCUCGCGGGACCCCUCACUCCCCCGGUGAAGCAUUUUCAGUUAAAGCGGAAACCCAAGAGCGCCACGCUGCGGGCGGAGCUGCUGCAGAAGUCCACGGAGACCGCCCAGCAGUUGAAGCGGAGCGCCGGGGUGCCCUUCCACGCCAAGGGCCGGGGGCUGCUGCGGAAGAUGGACACCACCACCCCACUCAAAGGCAUCCCGAAGCAGGCGCCCUUCAGAAGCCCCACAGCGCCCAGCGUCUUCAGCCCCACGGGGAACCGGACCCCCAUCCCGCCUUCCAGGACGCUGCUGCGGAAGGAACGAGGUGUGAAGCUGCUGGACAUCUCUGAGCUGGAUAUGGUUGGCGCUGGCCGAGAGGCGAAGAGGAGAAGGAAGACUCUCGAUGCGGAGGUGGUGGAGAAGCCGGCCAAGGAGGAAACGGUGGUGGAGAACGCCACCCCGGACUACGCAGCCGGCCUGGUGUCCACGCAGAAACUUGGGUCCCUGAACAAUGAGCCUGCGCUGCCCUCCACGAGCUACCUUCCCUCCACGCCCAGCGUGGUUCCCGCCUCCUCCUACAUCCCCAGCUCCGAGACGCCCCCAGCCCCAUCUUCCCGGGAAGCCAGCCGCCCACCAGAGGAGCCCAGCGCCCCGAGCCCCACGUUGCCAGCGCAGUUCAAGCAGCGGGCGCCCAUGUACAACAGCAGCCUGAGCCCUGCCACACCCACGCCUGCGGCGCCCACCUCGCCUCUGACACCCACCACACCUCCGGCUGUCGCCCCUACCACUCAGACACCCCCGGUUGCCAUGGUGGCCCCGCAGACCCAGGCCCCUGCUCAGCAGCAGCCUAAGAAGAACCUGUCCCUCACGAGAGAGCAGAUGUUCGCUGCCCAGGAGAUGUUCAAGACGGCCAACAAAGUCACGCGGCCCGAGAAGGCCCUCAUCCUGGGCUUCAUGGCCGGCUCCCGAGAGAACCCGUGCCAGGAGCAGGGGGACGUGAUCCAGAUCAAGCUGAGCGAGCACACGGAGGACCUGCCCAAGGCGGACGGCCAGGGUAGCACAACCAUGCUGGUGGACACAGUGUUUGAGAUGAACUAUGCCACGGGCCAGUGGACGCGCUUCAAGAAGUACAAGCCCAUGACCAAUGUGUCCUAGGGCCACCUGCCUCACAGCUGGCCGUCACUUGGGUCCACGGGACGAUGGCUUUGCCGGCUUAAAGUAACCGGAUGGCGGACACCUAGCCCCCGAGGUCCCCCAGCCGCCGCCCUGCUGCUGACCCAGCCUGUUUUAAGUUCUGGAUGCAUUUCUCUGGGGUGUUUGGGGCUUAUUUUUAAAAUUUUAAUAUGGGUUCUUUUUUGUGUGAUUUAAGACACUUUUUGGACUCAACGUUACAUUUUUGAAUGUAGUAAGUUAACCAAAAAAGUUACAACUUCCUAAUUUUAGUGACAGCUCUGCCUGUUAGACUCUUACUUUUUAAAAUCUUUUCUAUUUUCCCUCGCUGGGGCAGUGCCCUCCUACCCCCAGGGUUGAGGGGACCAAGGUGGCAUGGUGGUACUGGGGGUGCGGCAGGGACACCCAACACCAGAGCGUGGGAGACGGUGGGCCUUGUCCCCUGCCUGUGCCUGCCUGGGAGUUUUGUAUUCAUCUUUUGUAUAGUUGUGGACAUUUAAGACAGUCUUUGGGUACCUAUUUUCAUUGUAAAACUAUCUGAACCAUUAAAGUUGAGCUUUUCUAAAGAAA